CGUUUUGCCUGGCCCAGUGUUUCCGCUUUCUUUCGCCUCGUUGUAAUGUUACUUUUAGUUUGAUGUCGGAGCCUCGACGAGCCGGUCGUAAGCGAAAUCGUAAGCGAGACUUUAGUGCGAUUCCGCUCCGUUCCGCCGGGUGUGUGUGCGUGUUUAGUUCGAGUUGACUCGAGCUGAGGCGAAGCAGAAGCAGAAUCGGAAUCAGAAUCCAGCGGAAUCGAGAAUCAGAAUCGAAACCGAAAGUGGUUCUCCGCGUGUGCAAGCUAUAGUGUGUGUGUGUGUGUGUGCAUGUGUACGUGUUGUGUUUGGGCCCGCUUUUCUGCUUUUCUACCCCCGAAAAAGCAAAGCACAGCAUAAAACUGUGCGCUCGUAAGCGCGUCUAUGUGCCGCCUGAGUGUGUGUGUGUGUGAGUGCUAGUGUAUGAGUGUAGCCAGGGGAAAGGAGGUAAAGAAAAGAAAACCAACCCCCACCAGCGACGGCGGAGAACAGGAAAACAACAACAGAAGGCACACAGCGCACCACCACCAUCAUUACCAUUACCGCCACCACCCACUACAACACUUCGUCAUCGUUUCGCGUUGUGCAGAAAAUAAUUACAAAUAAAAUAUAACAAAAAAAAUAUAUAAAAUAUAAAGUAAUACUAGCUCCCGAUCGAGUUAUAGUGCUAAAGCGAUUUGAAAGAUUGUCUUGCUUAAACCAAAAGGGCCCCUCGAGGCCCCGUAAACCGAACUAGUAUCCAAUACCCCGCCGAUCAUCCCGAUCCUGACAUGAUGAACUUCUCCGCGUUCGGCGGCCCCUUCUCCGGCAUCCACCAAUUUGCCGCUAAAUUCGACGCCCAGACGCCCGGCGCCUUUGGCACGCCCCCCGCGGCCGCCGCGAAUGCAGCAGCCGCAGCGGCAGCGGCCGGCACCGAUAACCAUGUGCAGCGCUAUCAGACCAAUGGCAAUCACUUUAAUCAGAAUGUGCCCAACGUUUCGGCUGCCAACAACAUGCAAUAUGGCCAGAAUAUCUCCAUACCGUACUCACAGCCGCAGGGUGAUCUAAACUUUCUCAAUGCAGCCGCUGCGGCCGAUCAUAAGGGUAAAAUCCAUCCAAAAAUCGAACGUGACCGGGAAGAAGUCCUCAACCAGCAGAUCCUGCAGAAUGUCAACCAAUCCUGGCAGACAUUGGCCAAUACGGCCAACACGGUGGACUACUCGUCGCACCUGCUCUCCGCCACACUGCCCAUCUCCAUACAGCACUUCCUCAAGUACUCGGAGACGAUCAAGAAGGAGUCCACCGGCGAUGUCCUGAAGAACGGCACCAAUUUGGCCAGCCUGGCGCUGGGGGGCGUGGCCCUAACGCCCAGCAACAACGGAGCGAAUGGUGGCCACCACAACGGACUGGUGGGCAUGGACCAUGGCGGUCACAUGACCAACAUGACGGACGCCAACGGAGCGGCGCUGACGAACGGUGCAAGCAACGGGGUGAACGGCAAUGCCAACGGCACCGUGACCAAUGGUGGCGCCGGCGCUGUCUCGAGCACAGGAUCCGUGGGCACAACAAACGCCAGCGGCGGCACGGGCACGGCCAGCGGCAAGAAGACCAAAAAGAAGAAACCACCAAAGGAGAAGAAGCCGCGCCCCAAGCCGGGUGAAAUCCGCGAGACAAAGGCGCUGGAUGGCUCCACGCUCUACUGCUGCCCGGAGUGCCAAAUGGCCUAUCCGGACCGCAGCCUCAUCGAGCAGCACGUCAUCUCGCACGCCGUGGAGCGGCGCUUCGUCUGCGACAUCUGCAAUGCGGCGCUGAAGCGCAAGGACCACCUGACCAGGCACAAGCUCUCCCACAUACCGGACAGGCCGCAUGUGUGCAAUAUCUGCAUGAAGUCCUUCAAGCGCAAGGAGCAGCUCACUCUGCACAUUGUCAUCCAUUCCGGCGAGAAGAAGCAUGUUUGCAUUGAGUGUGGAAAAGGUUUCUAUCGCAAGGAUCACUUGCGCAAGCACACGCGAUCGCACAUCGCCCGGCGCGUCAAGUCGGAGGUGUCGGCGCAGAACGUAAACGGAUCCGCCGGCGGAGGUGGCGGCGGUGGAGGCGGCAACAGUGCGCAGAGCAAUGCGCUGCACGGCUCCUGAGGAUCGUACAAGGACUUCUGGUAAACUCCCAGCCGAAUUUCAAGCCAUAAGAGGCGGCCAGCCUGCUGGCGGCGGUGGACAGUAGGUAUCCGUAUACGAAUUCGACUGACUGCCGCCGGGAGCAGGCGAGCUGCCUUUGAAAUUCGCUGGGGGCUUACCGGGGGUCCUGCUGAGCGUCACCCAACUCCAAUUACAAUAACCCUCAAUAAACACGAGUUAUACUUACUGGAUGCAAGUAUUAGUUCACGAUUUUGUUCACGACACUUUCAGUUCUUUAGCUUUAGUUCUUUCAGUUGAGAUUUUCGCACAAACAGUCGAGCAAAGUAUAGCAAUCGAAAUGUACAAAUCAGCAGAAUGACAGAUUUAAAUUCGAGUUUAGUAUGCGCAUAUGUUAAGGGAAGAUAACGCUGCUUAAACGUCGCUUUCGUUUCUUUUUGGGGAUCUGUGAUCUGUAGUCGCUGCAUAAACUAAAAACAAACGAGACGAUCGUAGGCGGUCGAAAGCUGUUCUAAGAAUAAGUUAAUACGAGUUACGAGUAUGUCUGCAACCGAUUUAAUUAUACAUGUGCAAUUUAUAAUCCUUUUGAUUUGCCUUUUUGUUGCCCUCGCGGCGCUUUUGUUCACUACAUUUAAUGCUAAAUGUGUUUUCCCCUCAGACCAAAGGGGGAAAUUCUUAUUGAAUUAUGCACACUUUUUAAGGAAGUAAGAAGCUCUACAAGCGAAAUUUGUACUUCUAGUCUUGUAUUUUAUUUUACCGAUAGGCAUAGAGGGAAACCCGAAACGAGGUCAUGUAAUCUUAAGCUUUUAAACUUGAAUGUUCAAAGGAAAACCUUCGACGCGAGUCACACCAAACACUAAACAGAGAGCCGCAAUACGAACUUGCAUCUUGGCAUGCCCAACUUCCAGCCAUCGUCAUUGCUUGCAACUGCAAUAACCAACAGUAAACCUAUAUUCCGCUUACCAAUCAAUACCAAUACCAAUACCGAUACAGAUACAGCUACAGAUACAGAUACAGCUACUGAUACUGACACCGAUAACUGAUAACCACAAAUAGAGUUAAGAGCCACAUAUACAGAUACAGCAGCAAUAGCCAUAGCCAUAGCAUUGCAGAUAGCACGGGUCAACAAUCCAACAGAAUCGCUAAACUUAAUCGAGCAAUUGCAUGAGAAUGCAAGAGCAACAAUAACCGGAAACACAACUGUAUAAAAGGAUAUUUUUAUAUAUAUAAAUACAAAAGAGAGAGCAUAUGAAAACCGAAUAGGAAUAAAGGCAUAAAACAAUAACCGAAAUAAAGUGCAAACACUUCCAGCAAGUGAAAACGUAAUUUACUGUUCAAAUACAAAGCAUUUUGAGAUUAACGAUUAACGAUAAAGUAAACGAUUUAACAGAUCCAAACGCA